AUGAAUAUUUAUUCUAUAAUCGAAAUUAUCAAACACACAGAAUAGAGAGGGGUAGAAUUGCUUAUCGAUGCCUUGAUUAUUGGGAUUGAAAUAGGGAGAAAUAACCUUUAGAACCAUGAAAAUAUAGUUUAAAUAGUUGAAUCUCUAUCAAAUUUGAAACGUGAUAUAGAUCUGAGUUUUUCUUCCCCUUUCCUUAGGGAUGAGAUAUUUGAUAGAGUACUCAAUAGGAACGAGAAGGUAAAAACUAUUACAAAUAUAUGCAGUUAGAAGAAAUCCUCCUGAGUGUAUAAAAACAAUGCUAAAAAUAACAAUUAAAAUAAUAAACGAAUAAUUGUAAAAUUUGCUCCUAAAAUAUUGAAAAGAAUUCUGAAAACAAAUUUAACGCUGCCUGCUAACAUCAAUUUCACAAAUAAUGUGUGGAUAAUGUAUUGGCCCAAGGAAUAAAUAUUAAAAUUGGGUUUAUAUGUCCCAUAUGUGGGUAAUCCACCUUGCAAGAGGAUAUCGAAUAUUAAUUUAAAGCCAACAAAAAUUUUAAGACUUCCUGUUGUCCUACUCCUCAAUGCAAAAAUUAGUUUUCAUAUAUUGGCCAAGAAAUUUAUAGAUGUUCAAAAUGCGAAAAGAAAUUUUGUUUAAAAUGUUAAUCACAGAAUCACCCAAUCAAUCAAUGUAAAGCUGAUAUCUAAACUCCUAAAUUUGAAAUAGGUGAUAAUUACAAGGAAUGUCCAAAGUGUUAAUUGUGGGUUAAGUAAUUGGAUUAUGAAAAAAUAUUACAUUGUUUGUGCAAAUACUCUUUUUGCUUUGGUUGUGGCAAUAAGGAAGGAAGUUGCAAUUGCAAUAAAGAUUAAAAUAUAUUAUAAAGUAUUGCAAAGUCUUUAUAUCAGAAAAUAAAAUGAGC